AAUAAGAGUCUUUUUAACUUUCUUCUUUCUUGUAGGCUGCCACAAAACAACCAUGGCUCCUUCCAUCAUUCCCUUGAGCAUUCCAUGCUCUCCUCUUAAAUCCCAUUUUCUUGGGGGAAACCGCUUCUCCCAUCAUCAUCUUCACAAACCCUAUUUCACAAUUCAUAAACAGCCAUCAACCCAACACCUAACAACAUGCGCCAAAUUUGAUCUAUUCCAAAUCAUGGGGGGCAGAGGACUCUGCAAUGGAGAACAAGGUCUUCAACAGGAGCUAAAGAGAAACAUUGAAGAACAAGCAUCCGCGGCCGCUCCUGCUGCAAAGCAUGAGAAAUCAGGUAAUAUUGAUGCGAUAUCAAUAAUGGAUCAUAGUGUUCCAGAAAACGCUUUUGAAAAGGAACUGAUGGGGCUAACUGGGGGAUUUCCUGGUGGUGAAAAGGGCCUGAAAACAUUCAUAGAAAGAAACCCCCUCUCGAUGCCCGGUAUGAUUUCCACUGUGCAAAAGGGCCCUCCACUGAAGAACCCUAAAUCUGAUGUCCUCGAACCUGUCUUUGAGAAAAAGGAUUCACAAUGAUUCAUCAUUUUCAUAUCUAUCUGUAGCAUGCAUGCCAAUUGUGCAGUUUUUACGACUUAGGCAGCGUAAGUUCGUCUGUAAAAACCUUCUUUCAACAAUAUUGAAAUAAAACCAACGCAGAGAGAGUAUCUCAGGCACAGCUUCUAUACUCAAUAACUAUCUAUGUAUGCCCUGUCCUUGAAAUUGUCAAGUUGGGAUGUUUUUCCUUCAAAACCAUCAGGGUACAAGAAUCUGUAGAUCAAAAUGAACUUCAGACUAUUCAAAAACUAAAGAAUGGUGGAGAAAAGUCUGAUGCCUUGUCAUCCCUCCUCAAAGCUCCAUCAGAAGAUCAGAAGCAGCCACCCAACUACAAAAAGAUCAUAAAAACACAUCUGUCUAUUACAAUCAAUGGUUCUGUCUAUCAUAACAAUCAAUGGUACAAUGAUUUCGUGCAUAUGCAAAGUAAGAUUGAUAUGUUUAGCAUAUCAUGUCCAAGUUCGAUGUAGCACCACAAAUGUAAAAAAACACGAAAACUACAAUCCAAAAGAGAGAACCUAAAGAUUUGUCACACGUCAUUAUAUCUAUAAGGAUGGGCUGAAGUCUUUGUGGGCUUUGACUUGGGGCAAUCAAGAAUUAAAGGGUUGGGCUCAAUGGUUUCCUUGGGCUGAUCAGAUGGCUAAUGUUUUUUUCCUUAGUUUAUUGUAUUUCUCUAUAUAUGCUAGAUAUGUGUUAGUAAGCCCAGUUGCUUUAUCCCCAUUUAUGUUUAUUAAAAGGCCCGUGGCCCUUACUUAGCUCUAGGUAGGAUUGUAUGAUUCUCAUGGGACUGUAUAUACUCAGAUGCUGAAUGGUGUAAGACAUUAUGGAAUGAUAUAGAAACUUUCUGUGUCUUUUUCUCA